CUUCUGUUAAAAAAAAAUGUUUGAUAUCUGUUUAUCUUCAUCUCUUAAUUACAAUAAAGCAGUUGUGUUUAAAAAUCACUCUUUUAUUGUGUGGAGCCAGUGCAAAACACUGUAGAUUUCUAUAUGUAGGCUUUCUAUAAAGUUUUGGCUGUACUGCGUUUUUUGUGAAGGAACUGACAUGUUGAUAUUGUCAAGCAUAAAUAGUCUGUGUGUGUUGAUAGAUUCUGUAGGAUACAAACUGCACAACCAUUAGUCCUCUUUUGUAUUUGAGGAGUUCUGCCAGUUUAAUGUGCCAGAAAUGUUGUUAGCCUGAAAAGGCAUACAAAAUAGUAGGCCUAUGUUUUGUGCCAGGAAUUAGUCAACACAUUAGUGGUCCAAAGUAAAUAGAAAAGCAACACCCAUUCUUCCUUAUCUGCAUAAUCCUUGAUAAUAGCAUAAAAUUUUUGCAUGUUUCACUUUGUUGUUAUUUAAGCAUCUAAAAUGUUCUGGAACAUUUAGUUUGAGAUCACACAAGGCCAGUUAUUACCAUUGCCUUCACACUGAGACCCAAAAUGUAACCACAAGCAACCAUGCAAAAACAACGAUUUGCACUUACGUACAAUGUAAGUAGUGCAGUUGUUAGACUACAAAGUGAACAGCACUUUUUUCUAAAAUGUAAAAUUUGCAGCUCAAUUACCCAGACCAUAUACUAAGGCAUAACAUAACAACAUAACAUAAAACCAGUUUUAAAUAAAAUAAAUUGUGUGCACAAAUUAUUUUAAAUAAAUAAAUAAAUACUCAAAGAAACCUUGCUUCAAAUAAAUAAGUUGUGGCUGUGCAUUACAUUUAUGUCAUGUGCUCUCUGAUAAUCUUUUUUUAAAAAGGCAUGUUUGUAGACUCUUGCUGGAACCACACAUGAGAUCAGAUACGUUCACAGUAUGUUUAGGUGUGGGAGCAAAGCUCUGCAUGCAUGAGUCACAGUAAACAGACUCUGUUCUCACAGGAAGAGCAGACAGAAACAAUCUACUCUGCCUUCAGGCAAAACCCCGAAUCUUUCAAGAGCUUUAGAAGAAGAAUGGAGACCUCAGAGGAACACUAUUAUGACUACCCCGAGUAUGAAAACAACAGCUCCAACUUCAGCUACGAUGACUAUCAGACCAUCUGUGAGAAGGGCGACGUACGCUCCUUCGCGAGGAUCUUCCUCCCAGCUGUUUUUGUGUUAUCUCUAGUGAUUGGUUUAGCAGGCAACGCUCUGGUUGUGGAUGUGUAUGCAUACUGCAAGCAACUGAAAACGAUGACUGACACGUUUAUACUUCACCUGGCUGUGGCAGACCUUUUGCUGCUCCUAACGUUGCCCUUCUGGGCUGCCGAUGCCGUCCACGGGUGGGAACUCGGGGUCACCAUCUGUAAACUCGUAUCUGCCCUGUACACCAUCAACUUCACCUGUAGCAUGAUGCUGCUGGCCCACAUCAGCAUGGAUCAGUACUUGGCUUUGACACCAGGAGCCAGAAACACAGGCAUUACGCGUGCUUUUCAAAAGAAGCAUUGUGUAAAACUCUGUUUGGUGGUCUGGACCGUUGCGUUUUUUCUUGGCGUCCCUGAUUUGGUGUUUUCAACAGUCAGAGAGCUUCCUCAUAAAAAAAGCUGCAUCGCAAUGUAUCAAUCGGACAUGGCGCUCAGGGCUAAAGCUAGUUUGGAAGUGGUGGAGGUCGUAAUAGGCUUCUUGCUACCUUUAUUAGUGAUGUUGUUCUGCUACACCUGUGUAGGCCGAGCCCUACUGAAGCUCCCUCAGGAGAGGAGAUGGAGGAAGUGGAGGUCCCUCCGUGUGCUGCUGGUGAUGGUGGGAGUCUUUGUGGUCACACAGCUGCCCUACAACGUGGUCAAGUUCUGCCGGGCCAUGGACAUCAUGUACACAUUUGUGACUCACUGUGGGGUUAGUAAAGAGCUGGACAGGGCUACUCGGGUCACUGAGAGUCUGGCACUGACACACUGCUGUCUGAAUCCUGUUCUGUACACUUUCGUCGGUUCCUCCUUCAGACAGCAUGUAUUGAAGUGUGCCAAAGACUUUGGAGAUAGGGGAAGGAGGUUGGCACGUACGAGAGAGCAACAAGAAGUGGAUAUCUCCUUGAAUUCUCAUUCACAGUCCCAAGAGACCAGCACUUUUUCUAUUUGAGCAAACUGAAGAGUAGAUGUUUACUAGCCUGUGGAGCUUUGCACAAUCUGCCCCUUUGCAAAAUAU